GCUCGCUCUCAGCGUAUUUACACGCACACGCAUUUAGGAAGACAGACAGCCUUUGGAAGUUGAAAUCCUACUUAGAAAAAUGGCAAAGGGAGCCAGGCACCGAAAUAACACUGAAAAGAACCCCCCAGGUGGGGACAAGCCGGACGCCAGCCCCGAAGCUGGUGCCGAAGGGGGCGGGGUAGCCCUGAAGAAAGAAAUCGGAUUGGUCAGUGCCUGUGGUAUCAUCGUAGGAAACAUCAUCGGCUCCGGAAUCUUUGUCUCACCAAAGGGCGUGCUGGAGAAUGCGGGUUCUGUGGGACUUGCUCUCAUCGUCUGGAUAGUGACAGGUCUCAUCACAGCUGUGGGAGCCCUCUGCUAUGCUGAGCUCGGGGUCACCAUCCCCAAAUCUGGAGGUGACUACUCCUACGUCAAGGACAUCUUUGGAGGACUGGCUGGGUUCCUGCGGCUGUGGAUUGCUGUGCUGGUGAUCUACCCCACCAACCAAGCUGUCAUCGCCCUCACCUUCUCCAACUACGUGUUGCAGCCGCUCUUCCCCACCUGCUUCCCCCCAGAGCCUGGCCUUCGACUCCUGGCUGCCAUCUGCUUAUUGCUCCUGACAUGGGUCAACUGUGCCAGUGUGCGGUGGGCCACCCGGGUGCAAGACAUCUUCACUGCUGGAAAGCUCCUGGCUUUAGCCCUGAUCAUUAUCAUGGGGGUUGUGCAGAUAUGCAAAGGAGAAUACUUCUGGCUGGAGCCAAAGAACGCAUUUGAGAAUUUCCAAGAACCUGACAUCGGCCUCAUCGCACUGGCCUUCCUUCAGGGCUCCUUUGCCUAUGGAGGCUGGAACUUUCUUAAUUACGUGACUGAGGAACUUGUUGAUCCCUACAAGAACCUUCCCAGAGCCAUCUUCAUCUCCAUCCCACUGGUCACAUUUGUGUAUGUCUUUGCCAAUGUCGCUUAUGUCACUGCAAUGUCCCCCCAGGAGCUGCUGGCAUCCAACGCAGUUGCUGUGACUUUUGGAGAGAAGCUCCUUGGGGUCAUGGCCUGGAUCAUGCCCAUUUCCGUUGCUCUGUCCACAUUUGGAGGAGUGAAUGGGUCUCUCUUCACCUCUUCCCGGCUGUUCUUUGCUGGAGCCAGAGAAGGCCACCUUCCCAGCGUGCUGGCCAUGAUCCAUGUAAAGCGCUGCACCCCAAUCCCAGCCCUGCUUUUCACAUGCAUCUCCACCCUGCUGAUGCUGGUCACCAGUGACAUAUACACACUCAUCAACUACGUGGGUUUCAUCAACUACCUCUUCUAUGGGGUCACAGUUGCUGGACAGAUAGUCCUUCGCUGGAGGAAGCCUGACAUCCCCCGCCCCAUCAAGGUCAACUUACUGUUCCCCAUCAUCUACUUGCUGUUCUGGGCCUUCCUGCUGGUCUUCAGCCUGUGGUCAGAGCCAGUGGUGUGCGGCAUUGGCCUAGCCAUCAUGCUGACAGGCGUGCCCGUCUAUUUCCUGGGUGUUUACUGGCAACAAAAGCCCAAGUGUUUCAAUGACUUCAUUGAGUUGCUAACCCUGGUGAGCCAGAAGAUGUGUGUGGUCGUGUACCCUGAGGUAAAGAAGGGCUCAGGGACAGAGGAGAUAAGUGAGAACAUGGAGGAACAGCAGCAACCCAUCUACGAACCCACUGUCACGAAGGACAAGGACUUGGCAGAGCAGCCCCAGCCCUGAGGACCACUGUUCCUCAGUGGCUACUCCCCCUUUUGUCCCCUUCCUGCAUUCCUUCCCUGCCUAGGUCCCUCCAACACACACACACACACACCUCUCUGCUUCUGUCAGACAGGGCGGGACCUCAGAGUGGGUGGUGAGAAAUUGCAAACAAAGACAAUGACAUGUGUACCCAAAGAACCUGCCUCUCACCCCAGUGCUGCCCACACUCAGCUGUUAGAGAGGAACAGAUGCCAGUGUGCCCUGCAGGGCCCUCCCUCUAGGCCACAGCCUCAGCUGCCUCUUUAGGAACCUGAGUUUACAACUGCCUUCCCUCCCAUUCCUAAGCCAAGGGAGACCUCAAUUUAGAGAGCAGUGGAAGCCACAGUGAGUUGGUCAAGGGGACAGAUUCAUGCAAAUAUGUCACCGGUGAAGGCUUGCUGGAGAGACCCCUCUUUGUUCAGAAGGAGCCCAAAGUCAGGGGGGAUGCUGCCUCUGCCCUCUUCCCCUGCCCCCUGCCCCCUGCCAUCCCUCCCUCCACCCAGCCUGGACUCCCAGGCUCCUUUCAGGGCUGGCUGAGCAAGGGACCAAGGAGAAGGAGAGCUGCCCUGACCC